UUUUUUUCUUUGUGUACAGUUGAUGGUGUACGCUGCAAGUGUCCCGUUGAAAUUAAAAAAGACACGUUUCGUUAUCAACAUUUCUACGUUGGCGGCCUACGAUGUAAUGUUGCCGAGUGAUUCGCGCCGUCUGUGUAUGAGUAUCAACAGUUCAAUGCACGGUGACUGCAUUGAUGAAAAGUGUUUUGUCUUGAGUGGUCUUGGAUGUGAUCAUUUUUCGAGUACGGAAGGUAUUCUCAAUGGCUGGAGACGUGCAGUACGUCCUUACUUUGGGCAACAGCAUCAUCGGCGUCAGUGUGCUCGCAAUGCCGUACUGCUUCCAGCAGUGCGGGAUAAUCCUGUCGAUGCUGCUGCUCAUUGGUAUAAACCUUGUCACGAGAGUUGCUUGCCACUUGCUGCUGAAAUCAGCGAUUCUCUGUCGACGAAGGAACUACGAACAACUAGCGUUCGCAUCUUUUGGAGCCGGCGGAAAGCUAGCCGUUGAGCUAGGAUUAAUCGGGUUCCUGGUCGGUACCUGCGUAGCUUUUUUCGUUGUAAUCGGAGACCUGGGCCCAGCGAUUGUGUCCAGGUCUUUUACGGUUGAGAACAGUUCUUCCUUGAGGUCUUUCGUAAUGCUCGCGUUAGCAUUCUUCGUCAUAUUACCGUUGUGCCUUUUGCGAAACAUUGAAAGCCUGACCGGCAUCGCAAUUCUCUCGUUCCUGUUCUACUUCAUCCUGGUUCUGAAAGUAUUCUUUGCAUCUGUGGGUCACUUGUGGAGUGAUGGUUGGAUGGGGCGAGUUGCUUUGUGGGAACCGUCUGGAAUGCUCGUGUGCAUCCCAAUAUUUUCAAUGGCGUUGUCUUGCCAAACGCAAAUAUUCGAAAUCUACGAGUCGAUGCCCGAUCCAACGCUACAUAAGAUGAACAGCGUAGUCAGUGGAGCUGUGAAUAUGUGUACUUUUGUAUAUGCUGCGGUGGGCCUGUUUGGAUACCUGACGUUUUACGACCUCGAAACAGGAGUUACAGGAAUACCGGGGAACGUGUUGAUGAUAUUUCCACAAACUGCGGUUACUGAGGGAAUCAAGUUCUUCUACGUUUUGUCCGUCGCCUUGAGCUUUCCGUUGGUUUUAUUUCCAUGUCGUGCGAGCAUCCACUCGCUUCUUUAUCCCCCAACGCAACAUGCCGCGAGUCACGAUGUGUCUUCGCUUUACAUUCCCGAUUCCCGCUUUAAAGGAAUCACUGUUGUGGUUGUUGUUGCAUCCCUCGGAAUGGGAAUCGUUCUUCCGGCCAUCGAAGUUGUUUUAAGUUUGAUGGGAUCCACCAUCGGUUUGAUCGUGUGUUUAAUAUUCCCUGCGACGAUCUUCAUCAAGAACACGUCGAAGAAUACGAAUGAAAGGACUCUCGCUCAGGUCAUUUUAUGCAUCGGGAUAUUUCUUAUGGUUGCCGGUACUUACACAAACCUGGUGCAAAUGGAUUCAAAUCGUUCUCUUGAACUGGGGAUUGACAAAGGACCUGUUCAGCGGCUUGAGAUCUCAAAAGAAAGUUUGUCAAAAAUUGAAAAUCAGCCCGUGGCUCUCAAACCGCCGGUCCCAUCAAAUGCCACGUUUUCCAAAAAGCCUCCGGUGUCACCAAAAGCUGAUUCUCCUAAGGUUCUCGACCAAACUAAGAAUAACUCGUCAAAGGUAGAGAAGCCUUCUAGAUCAACCAAGAAGAAGAAGAAAAAAUCCCGUGAAGGGACAGGAAACGCACUCAAUGACGUCAAACCGAAUCAACUGCCGUCAGAUGAUUCAUUUCUUCGUGGCGUUGAAAAUGCGGGGAAGCCCGCGAUAAUAAUACAGAGCAAGGAAGAGAAGAUUAUCCAUCAGCUCGCUGAAGAACAGCAAGAACAACGGCAAAUCCUUGAUGAACAGCGGAAAUUGAUCGAAGACCUGAGGGAAUCAAAGGUGAAGCUCAACGAGGAAGCGAAGAAAGCCGCGCAACCCAUUGUUGAAAAGUCGAAAGCCGAGGUGAUCAGUGAACUGGAAACGAAAAUUAAAGAAAUCAGUGAUCUCAAGAAGAAAAUAGAGGGCGUCGGCGGUGACAAGGAGGAAAUUCAGGCUGAAGUUGCCGCCGUUUUAGCCCCCGCCCCCGAAGAACCUGCGAAGCAACCCCCAAACGCGAGUGCGUUUAAAGCAAGUAAGCUGCAAGAACCGUACGUGCUUACGAAACUCUCCGAUGGAAGCCCGAAUAAGCCCGAGAGUGAAGCAAAUGGCGGCGAAGUUCUGGAAGUGAAACGAGAUAUAGUAGCUGGAGAAAUUCCGAAAGAAGAGAAUUGUCCAGUGCCUGGUGACUGUCCAGCGGUGAAGGAAGCUGUGGAUUCCAAUAAGGAUCGAGGACUCUGAUGUUGCUCUUAUCCAGUGACAAGUGAUCGACGCAGUUACCGAUUGACGAACAGGAAUUUUUUUAACUGAGGAGCCCAAUGCUUGAAGGCACUUGCGUCGGAUGAUAAUAUUUCGGGAAUAUUCCCGAAGAAAAAGAUGCAUCGUUUGCGAAAGUGACAAUCAAUCAGUGUACUGUAGUCUCUGUCUUUUUUUCCGCCUAAGAAACGUUAAAGAGGUUUUCGAAGGAUGUGUUUUCCUUCGUAUUGGUCCGGGUUCAUCCGAUUCGACGAAGCUGUUUGUUUUGUGUUAAUCCUCGAACUAUGCUUAUUUUUCUCGUGUGAUGCGUUUUAUAUGAUAUGGAUUUAUGAAAUUGGGGUGUUUUUUUGAUCUGGAAAUCUUGUUCAGGUGCACAGUUUGUCUUGUAAAUAAGGUUGUACUAUUUGGUUUUGGGGAGUUGGCCGGGAUAGGAGAAGAAAACGCUCAUCGUUGCUGUGAUUAAGUUGGAGUUAGACAGAGCUUGACUUGUUAGCCUGAUUAGGCUGACCUACGUUGGCUGUUGAGGGUUCAGGAUAACCAUUCCGAUGAUCUUUGCUUUCCUCGAGUUGAAACACGAGGGGUCUCCAAAAUAUGCAAUCCGUCUGAUGCAGAAAGAAGCGAAGUAACCUGGAGCACCUAACUUCACGAAUAAAUAAAUAUGUUUCAUUCAAACGACGGAUCAUCAUCAGGGUUUUCCGAACUGUCUGCAUGAUGAUUGAAUUUGAAAAAUGAAAUCGCAUAGUCAUUUCCGUGAAAGAAGGACGGUGAGUGCAUCGGAUCGGUAUUUGAUAAGUCGAAUGAAAAUAAUAUUUUGGACGCCCCUCGAGUGCAAUUUGUCCGAAUUCAUCUUUUACGAAGUGAAGGCUGACUGUUGUUGUACCGAUUGUUUCUCCGUCUUGUGAUACGCAUUGUAAUUGCGAAUAUGAAAAACUUACUAUAUUUUCCCGGAGUA